AUCCAUGUCAAGGACAUUGGUCAUGGUGAAUACCCACCGAUACUUGUUGCUUCCCAUUGUGGAGCUGAAUUCUGGUGUGGAUUGUCUUCCCAGAGAACAUUUCACCUCUGGAACAGAGCGUGGUGGACUCUGAUUGGUGAAUUCCCACAGAUAUUACAGAAUGGCAACCCUUCUAUAUCUGAAGCUGUUGGUGUUAUUGAGCAUUGCACAAGGUCUAGCUGAAGACAGGAUCAUUGGAGGAUCUGAAGUUGUCCCUCACUCUAUCCCGUAUCAAGCUUCCUUACAGAUAAGAUCAGUACAUUACUGCAGUGGAACUUUAAUUAAUCCCAGGUGGAUCCUGUCAGCAGCUCAUUGUGUGAAACCUCCAUAUCUCAUCACAGUUGUGUUGGGUGAACAUAGCCUUUCCAGGUCAGAUGGCAAUGAACAAUUCUACAGAGUGAUCAAACUUAUAAUGUUUCCUUUCUACCAACCUGCAACAUUCAGGCAUGAUAUCAUGCUGUUGAAAUUGAAUAGACCAGCAAAACGGAAUGCAUAUAUCAACCUUGUAUCAAUUCCAUCUACUGAUAAAAUGGUUCGUGAAAAUACCCUAUGUACAGUCUCUGGCUGGGGAGUCACCACUGUUUACAGUUAUAGUCUAUCUGAUGUACUUAUGGCAGUGAAGGUUCCAAUCAUUCCUCGUUACAAGUGCAAUCGACCUUCUUCAUAUGGUGGAAGAGUGCAUCCCUACAUGAUCUGUGCAGGCUACAGGGCAGGAGGCAAGGAUUCUUGUCAGGGUGACUCUGGAGGACCACUGAUUUGUAAUGGAGUCAUUGAAGGAAUUGUGUCCUGGGGAAUUAGUUGUGCACAUUACAAAUAUCCAGGUGUAUAUACAAGAGUAGGCAAGUACAGAAAUUGGAUUCAAAAUAAAAUAGCAAGGUUUUGAGAACUAUCUGCCAUUUACCGCUCCUGCUUACUUCUAAAAGUACUAUAGUUGCCAUCGAAUUAGUCUUUUGCUUAUGUUAAAUCCAGAGAAUACUUCAGCAUUCUGUUUUUUUGGGCCAAUUAUCAA